UUGUGACACAGGAGGGAAUAUUCUCUCAUACUUUAAGCGUUGGUCUUAAUAACCUCUUAUGGAAAGCGUAAAACUGUUAACUUUAUGUGACGACAAAUCUUGCUGUUGCUUAUCGCCAAAGAGCACGGCUGUUCUGAUAUCUAUAACAAGUCUUAUGGCGUGUUUAUUUGAUGUGCUACCGAAUGAGUCUGACGAAGCUAGUUGCGUCGAAGCACGUGAACAUUUGAUUACUCUUCGAAAACUGCUGAUAACGUUGUUUCAGAUGGCUAACGUGCUUCUGCUUCUGGGAUCUAUUGUUGAGAGCGCGAUAUUGUUACAAAUUUACCUUUGGUACAUGCUGGCGUACAUCGUGAUAAGCUUCGUUUUGGCCAUCGUGGAAUUUUGCUUCCUUGUCAAGGAGGAGGGAGUGCGGAGCUUCGCUUCCUUUGUGCCUGAAGUCUUGUUCCUUUUUGUAAUAUUCCGCUGCUUACCCCUUGUGGACGUGUACAGGAGGCGACUUGAAGCCAUUGAAGAGUCAUAUUAGCAUCA